GAUAACAAUAAUGUACUUAUUCAGAUAAAUAAACAUAACCAUGUUUAGCUAUUACUUGCUCAUGUGCAUUCUAUGCAUAACUUCCACACUAGCUCAAACAAAUGUACUUUCUCCUCCUUACACUUGCACUACAACAACGACACUUUGUCAACCUGGAGAAACAACAGAACAUGCUCCGUCGACACUUCAAACAUCUAUAUCUCAAGGAAGACCUGGAAAGCGAGGGAUGAAUGGAUUGCCUGGAAUAAAAGGCGAAAAGGGAGAACCUUGUCAGUGCGAUAUUGUCGAUGAAGAAGCAAUGAGAGACAUGAGAAGAAAAAUGGAUGAAAUUGGAAUAGAAAAUCGAGAAAUGAAACAACAAAUCCGAGAUCUCGAAACUAAAAAUGAUCAGAUCAAUAAAACCGUCAAAAAAAUAGGAGACAGCGAUUUCAUUUUACCAUCAAGUUGCGACCAAAAUGGUAUGGCUAGCAAAAUAUAUCCAAGGAAAAGCGAGGGAGACCUCACUCCCAUUGAGGUCAAUUGCGGACUAUAUUCAGUAAAUGAAGAUGGAUGGAUUACAAUUCAGAGACGACAAAAUGGAGCAGUCAGAUUUUAUGACAGAGACUGGAAAAGUUAUGCCACAGGUUUUGGAGAUAAAAAUAAAGAAUUUUGGCUCGGUCUUCGAACAAUUCAUCAACUGACAACAUCGAGAAAUUAUAAACUUCGUAUUGAUAUGAGAACAAAAUCUGGUACAUCAUAUUACGCAGAAUACAGCACAUUCAAAGUUGGAAGUGAAAAGUCAAAAUUUCAGCUGACAAUCUCGGGAUAUUCUGGUGAUGAUAUAGACAGGAUGUCGUAUCAUAAUCAACAAUAUUUUACCACUUAUGAUGUAGACAAUGACUCUAAUGGAGGAAACUGUGCUCGCCAGUUCAAUGGUGCCUGGUGGUAUAAGAGUUGCUAUCAUUCCAACCUGAAUGGAAAAUAUGAUAGUCACUUUUCAUGGGUAGGUAAUCUCUCGUUCAGUGAAAUGAAGAUUCACCCGGUGUAAAUAUCCAUCCCAGGUGUUCAAACACCGUCAACGUAGAGAUUCUCAUAUUUGAAAAUAACUUUGUGAUUCACUAUGUUUUAGACUGACAAUUAAAAACUCGAGCAGAAAGUCUGCGAUGUAAUUCUAAACGUUUUACUUUGGGUUAACCUUUUUUUAAACUUUCCCUUUUGCCGCAACACGCAUUCAAUUUUUCGAAUUUGUAAAGUCGUAAAUUCCCAUUUGCUUAAUGCUAUUAGUAAUUUUAAUUUACUUUUGUGUUUUCGACCAUAAUAUGUAGACUUUAAAUGAGAAUAAGAAGAAUUUUAAAAC